ACUAUAUAUACUGUAUAUUCAUCCCCCCCUCCUACAAAAGCAAGCAAGCAAGGAAUUAAUGGUAGCUCUCCUUCCCGGCGGGAUGGCAUCCUCCUCCUCCCCCAUCAUCGACCUCGAGGUCGUCGGUGAGCCCAUCUCGGUCAGCGAGGUUGUCCCCUCCUCGCUCGUCGAGAUCGUGCCCUUCCUCCGUGUUGCCAACGAGGUCGAGGCCAUCAACCCGCGCGUCGCAUACCUAUGUCGAUUCCACGGCGGAUUCGAGAAGGCACAUCGCCUCGACCCGCUCUCCAAUGGCCGUGGUGUCCGUCAGUUCAAGGUCGAGCUCCUGCAGAGGCUCCAAAGGGAAAACGAUCCCACCUUGAAGGGAAGGGUUGAGCAGAGCGAUGCUGACGAAAUAAAGAAUUUCUACCAUGAAUACUACAGGAUGUACAUCCAGGCGCUCCAGAAUACUGCUGAUAAAGUUGAACGUGCUCAGCUCACAAAAGCGUACCAGACUGCAGCUGUGUUGUUUGAGGUCCUCAAGGCAGUUGAUCAGCCGAUUUUCGAAACGCACAACCAAGUCGAUCCUGACACUUCUAUUAUGCAAUGUCCCAAGAUCCAUGCCGCUUAUGACGCCCUUCGUGACACCAAGGGUUUGCCAUGGCCCAAGCACCAUGAAAACAACGCUCAUGGAGAUCUUCUUGAAUGGCUUCAGGCAAUGUUUGGGUUUCAGAAAGAUAAUGUGUCCAAUCAAAGAGAACACCUCAUAUUGUUGCUUGCCAGCAUGCACAUAAGGCAGACCUCCAAACAUGAACAACAACCAAUGUUAGAUGACCAUGUGUUGGAUACAGCAAGGAACAAGCUAUUCAAGAACUACAAGAGAUGGUGCAAGCACCUUGGCCGCAAAACCAGCUUAUGGCUGCCCACAAUUCAACAACAAGUGCAACAGCGUAAGCUUCUCCACAUGGGCCUUUAUCUGCUCAUAUGGGGCGAGGCGGCUAACUUGCGGUUUAUGCCAGAGUGUCUUUGCUAUCUCUAUCAUCAUAUGGCUUUUGAAUUGUACGGUGUGUUGUCUGGAAAUGUGAGCCCAUCAACUGGUGAAAAUGUUAGACCCUUCUAUGGUGGCGAAGAAGAAGCCUUCCUGAAGAAAGUUGUGAAUCCUAUUUCCAAAAUCAUAGAGAUGGUACAUUUCUUUAUUUAA